GGUUUUGUCCGGGCGAACGGUGGUGCGAAAAAUGGCUGAAGCGGUUCGGAAGGCAGCCGUCAGAGUCCCGGGAACAGAGCGAAGGAAUCGAAAGCAACCCGGGUAGUCGGUUCCUCAGGCCGCUCUAGCCGAAGGGACCAUAAAGACCAGACUAGGACUUCUUCAUUUCCUCAUCUCUGUGGUUCCGCUUGUAGUUUCCGUUUCCGGGGAGGGGCCGCGUUCUCCGCGACGAUUAGGUAGGGGCUCGGCGAAGCUGCCGCGAUGGCUGUGGUACCGUUACUGUUGUUCGGGGGUCUAUGGAGUGUUGUAGGAGCCUCCAAUGUGGCUGUGGUAACGUGCGGCUCUGUGGUGAAGCUACUCAAUACGCGCCACAACGUGCGACUGCACUCACACGACGUGCGCUAUGGGUCAGGUAGUGGGCAACAAUCAGUGACAGGUGUAACCUCUGUGGAUGACAGCAACAGCUACUGGAGGAUACGGGGGAAGACUGCCACAGUAUGUGAGAGGGGAACCCCUAUCAAAUGUGGCCAGCCCAUCAGGCUCACACAUGUCAAUACUGGCCGAAAUCUCCAUAGUCACCACUUUACCUCACCUCUUUCUGGAAACCAGGAAGUGAGUGCUUUUGGUGAGGAAGGAGAAGGUGAUUAUCUGGAUGACUGGACAGUGCUCUGUAAUGGGCCCUACUGGGUUAGGGAUGGUGAAGUGCGGUUCAAGCAUUCCUCCACAGAUGUUCUGCUGUCUGUCACGGGAGAACAAUACGGUCGACCCAUCAAUGGGCAAAAAGAGGUGCAUGGUAUGGCCCAGCCAAGCCAGAACAACUACUGGAAAGCUAUGGAAGGCAUCUUCAUGAAGCCUAGUGAAUUGUUGAAAGAAGCCCACCACACAGAGCUAUGAGUCUGGAGGCUGUGAGCCACUGUCACCAUACAGUGUUCAUAGACUUCUGCUGCUCCUUCAUGCUGGGGUCCCUGCCACAGCUUUCUUGGGAAGUGGCUAUGUCAUCACUGAGAUGAAGAUGCAUGGCAGAAAACUGGCUGUGUUUGGAAGCUUCAGCUCUUCACACUUGAAUUGAUUGGUCUUCCCGCCUUGGGUUAGUUUUUUCUGAGUACAGAUUGUCUUUCCAGACAUGGGUCAGUUUUUUGCUGAUAAAGGAGCAGCUGCUUUUUAUUCAUAUUGAUUAAACAGAAACUGAGGGAGACAUCCCUUCUAAAACAGGAAUAUUUUUAUGUCUUGGAAGCUUGACAUCAUUGAUUACUGAUGUGUGACUUUUCCCCAAUUUUUUCCCCCUACAAAAUGAUAAAGAAUUUAAUUGCUGGUCA